AAACGUCCUCCGUAUUGCUGAGCAUCACACUAGAAGAAAAAUGUCUCUUCCAGCGCUUCUCGCGUUGCACGUCUGCCAAAACCAUGUAACCGGAUUCACUGUCGUUGGGGAAAAUACUUCUUCUGACAAUUAAUCAUUAUUUACAAAAGAGAGAGAUAAUUUGGUUACGCUGACAAAAACUCCAAGGAUUAGGAAAAACUAUCAUACAGGUGGAGAAAAUGGCGUUGGUGUACCUGGGCUACCUUGCCUUGUGGACUGCUGUAACUGGCUUUGCGCAGGGCUGCCCAGAGCCUUGCAGCUGUCUGGAUAGAUAUGCCCACCAGUUUGCUGAUUGCGCCUACAAAGCACUGCUAGAGGUGCCUCUGGGGCUGCCAUCCAACGUGACGACUCUGAGUCUCUCAGCCAACAAAAUCACCUCGCUGAAGUCCAAAAGCUUCGUGAAUGUCACCCAGGUAACAUCUUUGUGGCUCGCCCACAAUGAAAUUGUGGCCAUAGAGAAGGGGACUCUGGCCCCCUUGAUCCAGCUGCGCAACCUGGAUCUCAGCAACAACAAGAUCGUCAACUUCCCCUGGGAGGACCUCUACAACCUCACUGCCCUGCAGCUGCUGAAAAUGAACAACAACGAAAUGAUAAACCUGCCUAAAGAUGCCUUCUCCACCCUCAAAGACCUGAGGUCACUGCGCAUCAACAACAACAGGUUCACUACGAUUGUGCAGGGGACGUUCGACGGACUGACCUCCAUGUCCCACCUGCAGAUAUACAACAACCCUUUCACCUGCUCUUGUGCACUGGAGUGGCUGAGAGAUUGGAUAACAGGGUCUAAGAUAUCCGUCCCUGAACAGAAAUCCAUCGUCUGUGAGGCACCAGCACAUCUGAAAGGCACGUUAGUGAUUGCGAUGCCCAAGUUAGACUGCACGGCACCAACUGUCAGCAUAACCUACCAACCCAACAUUGAGAACACGGAGCUUUAUGAGGGCUUUAUGUUGAUCUUGAACUGUGAAACCAAGGGGAACCCUCUGCCAGAUGUUAAGUGGGUAAUCCACACAGGAAACCAGGCUGUCGAAUUCAGUUUGCCUAACACGGCAAAUGAAAAAAAUAACUUGCCAGUGGACACUAAGAAGUCUGGCAAUCGAUUCCUGGUGUUUCAGAAUGGCACCCUCAUCAUACCUCGCAUGAGCAAAAAGGAAGAUGGUAAUUACAGUUGCCUGGCCUCCAACGACCUGGGCAAAGCAGAGAGCACAGUCAAAGUGGCGGUCGCUGGCACCCAGAAGCAUGCUGUCAAUUCUAUGCUGGAUGCAACAGUGGAAAAGGUCCGUCCAUCUGGACAUCAGUCUGGACCCAAGACCUCCAAGAACAGUGUUAUCAGCUGGCCUAAAUCUGAGGAGAAGAGCAAGGGCAUUCCAACUGGGUCGACUUACAUCACCGUGGACACUGAGCAGGCUGGCCAUGAUGCCAAGGACCUGCCUUUUGCCAGCAAGUGUGGCAUAAAUGAUGGCACCCAGUAUAUCUCUAACCAUGCUUUCAACAUGAGCUUAGAACAGCUGAAGCAGUACACCUUUGAUUUCGGAGUCAUUGCCCUGGAAGUGUCAGAGACUGAGGCCAAAGUCCAGCUAAACCCUGUCAAGCUUUCCAACAGCAAGGCCAACCUGCACCUCAGCUCCUCACAGAAUGUGGAAACCGUUAAUAAGGAACCUAUAAACCUUUACCAAACAUUGACUAAGAAGGUUCCCCUGGAUAUGUUGUAUCUGUGUGUGAAUACUGGCAAUGGACACUCAGUAAUUCAGUGGUCCAAGAUUGAGGAUGGCAUCAAUGCAUAUCGCUUCCAGGGUCUGCAGCCUGGUACAAAUUAUACACUCUGUCUCACCUAUGGGGGGGAUGACUGUCAGGUCCAAGUUGUUUUCACAACCAGAAAGAGGAUCCCUUCGUUGCUGAUCAUUGUUGUAGUUAGCAUAUUUUUGCUGGCUCUGGCUACCGUCCCGCUGCUGGGCGCCACCUGUUGUCAUUUAAUGUAUAAAUAUCAAGGAAAGACGUACAAGCUGAUCAUGAAAACGCAAAACCCCGAUCAGAUGGAAAAGCACAUGGCUGCCGAUUUCGAUCCCAGAGCCUCAUUUGUCGAAUCGGAGAAGAACUUUAACCCCAGUGAACUAGGCGAUGGGGAAGGCGAGGCUGAGGGUGACGCGGGGGAGGAUGAAGGUGAGGCGGAGGGCAGCGUGGUGACCGAAUCUAUUCCCAAUUCACAGUCCAAAACAAAUCAUGAGGAAUUCGAAGUGGGUUCUGAGUAUAGCGAUCGGUUACCAUUGGGGGCAGAGGCAGUAAAUAUCUCGGAGGAAAUCAAUGGCAACUACAAACAGCCAGGGCGUUGAGUCGCUUGAGCCAUGGAGUUCUGUGUAAGAUAAUUACUUUCAACUCGGUUUUAAAUCAGGUUAUUAAUCGGUCAUUGUUUCAAGUGAUUCCAGAGUCCUGGUGAUGGAGGUUCUUAACCUCCGUAAAAUGCAAUCAAAACCAUAAAAGUAAGUAUUACACAUCUGUACACUUUCAUUGUAAUAAAAUAUUUAGACAUCUUUUGCGACCAUUGCCAUAGUGUGGGCGUUCUGUUCCCUUGAAGGACCACUAUGUUUAUUUGUUCAAAAAGGACUGGACAGACACCUACACAGAAGCUUUUACGCCUAACUUUUAAAAAAGUAAAAGCACUUUUGUCAUUCACAGUGCAUUAUUGUAGUUGACGAUUCAUCAGCUGGGAAAGAGAAACCUCCGAAACAAUAGCGGAAGCCAUGGAGAAAUCCUUCAUGCAGGGAGUAGGCUAGGAUAAUCUCACUUUGGUUUUCACGCGUCCUUUUCAGCAGUUGAGCUGCUGGACAGCGGCACGUACAAAUCCGCCUGUGCAUUGACUGUUUCAUUUUUUCUAAGAUCUAAAGAGAAAAUCACUUUUACUGUAGUCAGGUAUGUAUAAGUGCUGGAAAAUUGAGUUCCCUUUCAACAGACGGUUGUUAAAUGUACUGUUGAGUUCUGAAAAUGUGUGACCUUAACCUCUUUACAUCAAUGGGUGCUUUUAUGUCCUCGCUUUUCUCAAAGAUUUUAAACUUGUACUUUCUCUUUUUAGAGAUACUCGUCGAUCGCAUGUCACACAUAAGUAUUUUCAUGUGUGUUUUUAAUAGCGUAUAGGACGUUAGAUAUUCUAAAUGUCAGUAUGUGAUGUAAGCCCGGUAAAUUAAAAGUAGGCUAUGUUUUUUUUCAUGAAAGGAAUGGCCGUUGUCUGCAAACAGCGUUAUUCUUCCGAACGUCUUAUGGCGUUAAGUGUCCUGUAAAUCGACGCAUAGUGGAUUUUAAGUGGCUAACUGUCUAACGAUGUUGUAAAGUUCCCUCAAACCUUUUA